AGUACUUCGCAGAAUUUUUUGCGUUUCCUGUGCAAUUAAACGUAAAUAGUGAACAUCUGCACUUAAAGACAUGCCAGAUGGUACUUUUAUAUCAAUUGCACUUGCCAUUUGACAACAAACCUUUAUUGGCCUAAGCCAAUGUAAUAUGUGCGCUGUGUAAGAGAAGAAGAAGGAACGCUGUGAACUAUAGUGUGCAGACGGCAAUAAUUUAAAUGAAAACAUACUAAGAAUUUGCAUUGCGAAAAGCAAACGUCUUGCGAAAAAUCAACAACAGCUGCAACCACUGUGCUAAGUAAUAUUUGUUGAAUUAACAAAAUACAAAUACAACAAUAACAACCUUAAGUCUAUAAGUGUCUGUGAGAAAAAUAGAAAAGUUACACUCGACAAUAAUUCAGUGCGAUAGCAGCGACAUCAAGAAGCAACUUUUCAGCGAAAAAAAUCACCUAUAUGCGUAGUAACUGAACGCGCCACAGCGAGAGAGAUAGAGAGACAAAGCGAGACAGAGGAGUGCAGCAGCGGUACCCUUUUGGGGGGUACGAGCAGCGCCUGGCAACGGCAGUAGCAGCACGCAUCGUCCUUUGGCAGCAGCAGCAGAAGAUUAACUAUUCCUGUGCUGGUUUUGUUAACCAAUUUGAAUGGCAUUUCGUUGUUUGUUUGUUGUUAUAGACCACAUACGAUGAACAAUGAACAAAUUGGUGUACCAUCAAUAUCAUCGACUUCAGCAGCAACUGGUGGCGCUUUAAGUUCCCAGGAGCAGCUUCUCAAAGCCAUAUCAAUAGGCCACGAUGCAGGCAUCAACAAUGCCACCAAUGAUGAUGAGGAUGCAAACAUUGCGACAUUGAAUUCAAACAAAAUACAAGCUGUUGUACCGGAUACACCAAUUGUCUCCAUAGCGGGUGGGACGCUCAGUGAGAGCACCUCGACCACUACAUCAACAAAAACAACGCCGACGCCCUAUCCUCAGGAGCAGCUGACUACUUUGAUGUCGCACAAUGUAAAGCAGGAACAACAUCCUACCAAUAAUAAUGACGACCGUAAACAGAGCCCCGACUCAGUCAGCAAUCAUAACACCAGCUGCAACAACAAUGCCAAUGUUGAUGCUAGCCCGAAUCAGGCCGCGGCUACCGAGGCCGCCUUUGCCAAUACCGCCACCAGUACCGGGACUGCCAGGAGUAGGAUCGCGAGUACGCAUCCCAAUCUAAAGCUAUCGCCAUUGCUGAGCAAAUCUGGUCAGCCGGCACCCGAGGUGAUUGCCGCAGCGACUGCAUUGCAUCAAAGACGCGGCGCCACCACCAAGGGGAAGACCCAAGACGACCAAAAUGUUGGCAAGCGUCAAAAGAAGAAAAAGACAAAGUACGAUGCUUGGGAGGACAGCGAUUUUAAUGAUCUCGACGAUGCUUCAUUGAAGAAGCUGCUCGAGGAAGCUUAUUGGUAUCGCAAUCCUGGCGAUAGAAAAAACAAAAGCGAGCGUUUUUUGCAAAUGCUCAAAAAGGCUGAGUACGACGAGGAGAACUCUUAUCGUGCCAUCAAAACCUGUUUAAGCGCAACGCACAACAGCAGCAACAAUAACAACAGCAGCAGCACCAGCACCACUGCUGGUAACAACUACAGCAGCAGCUAUCAUCGCAGCGCAUCUGCUGCACAGCGUCAUAAGCAGGGUGGCUCCUUGCAGGAUCUAGUGGAGGCGGCACAUCGCAGUGAACUGGCCACUACAUCGGCGGCUGCAGCAGCAGCAGCAGCGUCCGUAACCCAGCGCUUCAACUGUGAUUAUCAGCUAGGCGGCAACCGGUCCAAUCGACGCCAGCAGCAGCAUCAACAAUUACUGCAACAACAGCGUAUAAGAAUAAACAACAACAAUAAUAAUAAUCAUCACCAACAUCAUCAUCACCACCACAGCAGCAGCAGUAGCAACAACAACUCAUCUGUGUCAGCGCGACAACGCGAGGGCGGCAGUCUGCCAAGUAGCGUUAACUUGGAGUCUAUCAGCAUGGAUGGCAAGCUAAAGCAGUCGCUGGGCGGCGAACAUGCAUCCACAGCAAGCGGCCAUGGCCACGGUAAGGGCAGCUCCAGCAGCUUGCCCACACAGCUCAGCGAGGCUCAAAUGAGCUUGAUCAGCACACAGUUCGAUAUGGAUGAGGAUGAUACAGCUGCCAACGAUCAAAUGUUGGAGGAGUCAGAUGUCAGUAAGAAGCUUAAACUGUUAUCUAAUGCCAACAAUCCCUCCAUGAGCUUUAAAACAGAGAAGCUGUUCAACCAGCAAAUGCAGUUGCCCGAGUCCAACAAGGACUCUGGUGGUGCUGCCGUUCAAGAGUUCCUAAUUGAUGAUCCGUUGACCUUCUCUAUGCUGGAAAUAUCCGCUAAGAAUCAGCAGCUGCAGCAGCAGCUACAACAGCAGCUGAUGCAACAGCAGCAGAUGCAACCACAAUAUUUUCCGGCAGGACCGAUGAAUGCUGCUGCCUCUGGCAUCGGCGGGCAGUUCACGAUCACCAUGGAUGAGCAAAGACGCCGCAUCGAUCCCGGCUAUGUGUCGCUCAAUGACAGCUACACCGCCUGUUCGUCCGUCUAUGGAGCCCCCAGCUGCUCCAAUGCCAAUUCCAGCGAGGCUGCUUCAAAAGCAUCGAGCUGCGGCAACAGCGCCGAUAGUGAUCUGCGUCCGGCCAAGAUGGGCCGCAUGAUGUCCGCCGCUGCGGCGGCUGCUGUCGCUGCCUCACAUGGCGCCAAAGCCACUUCGCGACAGUUCGAUGAGAACGGCAAUGCUCUGAGCGAUGCCAGCCUCGCCUCAAGCAGCAGCAGCAGUGGCGCCAAUCAGUUCCAAACUUUAAUCAGCAACUCCAUGGCCGCUGGCUCCAACUCCGGCCAGCUGCAGCGUUCAAACGGCAUCUCAACGCAGCUCGCAAGUGGCUCGACAACGGCAAUGGCAGCGGCUGCUGUUGCUGCCUCGCUCAACAGCCAACUGCAGCAGGGACCGAUGAUGGCUGGAGCUCUGAUGGCGGCCCAUGGGCAGACGAAGCUCAAGUUGAAGAAAAAGUCGCAGCAGGAGCGCAACACAACCACCGUUGAUGUCAUGUCGGUGGCUGGCUAUCGUGGCAACGAUCCCAUCGAGCAGUUGGUCAAGUAUAUUGAGAACGAGGAGAAGAAUGGCAUGCAACAGCAGAAGAAGAAGGAGCGCAAGCAGAAGCAGAGCAAGCUAAAGAAAUGCAAUUCGCUCGAGGAGCUGCGCAGCUGUGCCAAAAUGGAGGUCGAUGAGCUGAAACACCAGUCGGCGACCACAGAUCAGAUGAUGCGGAACAGCAAGAAGAAUGGCAACGGCAACAGCAGCAGCAGCAAUGGGAAACAUAACUCGGCCUCUGUGGCAGACAUUAGCAAGAAUUGCAACAAGGAGCAGCAGCAGCAGCAACAACAACAACAACAACCAGCAGCGCAACCAGCGACUGGACGCAAGAGCGAGCGUCGCUCUUGGGGCACCGAAGAACUGCAGUAUCUGGGCGAGCCGCUGAGCGCAGUGGUCAAGCCCGCUGCCACCGCUGCCUGGGCCGAGUGCGCUGCGGCUGAGUUGAGCGCUCAUCCCAUAGUGCCAAUGCCCUUGCCGCUCUCCGAGCUGGAGGCUCUCAACACGGUGCUCUGCGAGACGGCCGAGUUCCAUGUGGUCACCAAGAAGAAGAAACCAAAGAAACAGCGCGCCGUCACCAUGGACGAUGCAGCUGUCGCAGCUGCCGCUCACACCGGCGGCAACUUGCAGCGCAUGCAACAGAUUACCAAGUCCGCCUCCUCGAACAUGAUGUCCCAACGUCUGCGUGGCAGCAUUGACUAUUACAAUAAUGGCAACCACUAUGCAGUGAAGCAGCCGCCGCAGCAGCAGCAAUACCAACAGCAGCAGCAGCACCAACAACAACAGCAGCAGCAACAUCAACAGCAGUCAACUGCUGCUCAGGAUAAUUCACGCCGCAAGUCAACAUCGUCCAUGCCGCCGUCGGAGAAGUCCGAUUCCAGUGAUCUCGACUCAGUGCACUCGCUGCCAAUACAGACCGGCAAGAAGAAGAGCAACAACAAGCGCACUGUUGCUCCAGUCAAGCACAACAGUAACACCAACAGCCACAACAAAACCAACAGCAACUCGUCGCCGCCUGCUCCCAUUUCCUAUGCCGACAUAGCACGCAACAAGCUCGAGGCUUUGGCCAAUGCUGGCGAUGACUUGGACACUGGACACAAUGAGGUGCUGCCGCUGCCAGAGGCGAAGCCCAAGUUGAAGGCCAAGCAGCGUCCAGACUUUCCCGAGUUGCCAGGCGCCACCGUCGUCAUCGCCACUGCAGCCGCCGCCGCCGCCGCCACUAGCAGCAGCAGCAGCAGCAUCAGUUACUCCCAGAGUCUGAAUGCCACGCCGCCCAGCAGCGGCAGCAGCGAUGCAGAGACUACACCAGAGACAACGCCCAGCGUUACUGUAACGCCCACAACAGCAACAGCAACUGCUCCAACAACCACAUCGACCUCCAGCAACACAAACAUUGUCACCACAGCCAAUGUUGCCACCAGCACCAACUCAGCUCCGCCGCCAGCGCUGCAAAAGUCACGCAGUGUGGAGCAUGAUGCCAGCGGUUAUAGUUUCAACAGCAGCAAUCUUGAUCUGCAGUAUCCGGCGCUGGAGAAGACUGUGAAGCGGCACAGCGCCAGCAAUGUAUCGCUGCCCGCCAGCAACUCUGCCCUGAGCUUCAAUUUUGCCGCCGCCGCACGUCAGCUGACGGACAAGUCUAGUCUGGAUGCCACUAGCAGCUCCACGUCGAGCAGCAAGCUGAGCCUCAGCAGCGCCAGCACUAGCAGCGGCAGUAGCAGCAGCAGCAUCAAGUCCAAAUCAGCCAGCAAGGAGCUGUCGCCUAGCGCCAGCAGCAAGAAGGACAAGCCAGUGAUAAAGCCUAGUCAGGAGCUGGAGGAGCAGGCGCCGCCACCGCCAGCGCCAGCCAAGGUAACCGCUGCCACACAAACUGACAGCGCCAAGAAGUAUUGCAGCAGCAACAGCGGCGCCAGCAGCAGCGCCAACAGCAGCAGCAGCAGCGGUUCAAUGUCCUUGGGCUCUGGGCCAAGACCUGCUGUCAUUAUACUCAAUGAUGAUCGCGACUCGGCGCUGGGCAGGCUCAACAACGAGUUCAUCUUUGGCGACUUUAACGAGGACGAACUGAAGCUGUUCGACGAUGCCGGCGAGAAGGACAAAGCUAAGGAUAAGAAACAGGCGGAGGACAAGCCUUCCAGCGUCAGCAAGCCCAGCAGCUCAUCCGACAGUGCCAGCGCCAACUCCAGCGUCAGCGCUAGCACCUCGGAGCAGCAGCUAAAUGAUUCGGGCGCUGCCUCGGAUGUGGUCAACAGUUCGGCCUGCUUGGAUAUGCUGAUGAUCUCAGGGCAGGCGGCACAGUCGUCGCCCAAUACCGCCAACAACUCAUCCACAUCCUCGAGCGCCUCCAACUCGACCAGUGUCUCCACCUCCUCCAGCAGCUCCACGCUCAGCAACAUCAGCUGCACCGAAACGAUCAAACAGCUGGUCAAUCAGUCCAGCGACAGUGGCAUCUACGCCCAGCAGCAGCAGCAGCACCAGCCCAGCAGUCGCUCCAACAGCGUCCAGAAUCUGCACAUCAAAGAUCAGGUCAAUCACUUUCUGCGCAAGGCCAACAGCACCCAAAGCAGCUGCAGCAGCAUGGAUGAGCCGUUGCCGCAGCUGGAAACCUGCAAUGACAUCGAGGCUGCCAUCAUAGCCGCAGCUCGUGCCGCCGCCGCCGCCGCACGCAGCAGCAGCUGCAGUCGCAGCAAUUCACAGGAGCAGAAACAGGAGGAACCAAAAGUAGCGCAGCCGAAGGCCAAGCCGAAGUCGCAGCAGGCGUCGCCGGCCAAAUUGAAGUCAACGCGGCCAGCGAUCUUGAUGACCUACAGUAAUGCAGACGCUGCCGAGGAUGAGGCGGAGCUCAGUGAGCUUAGCUUUGUGGCGGAGCUCAAGUCGGAGCCGCCCGUGUGCGAACCAAAUCGAAUUCCAACUCCGCCGCCGAUGCCGCCGAACGCCAUGCGCCAAGCUCUCAUGGAUAACUCGGAGCUUAUCGUGGAAUACAUCAGCAGCUCCUGGAAUGCCAUAGUCAACAGUAAAUAUGUGACCUUCUACUGCGAGCAGGAGGAGCAAACAAUAUAAGCGAAGAAGAAGCUGCUGGAAUUAAUUUGAUGAGUCUCGCCAAAAAA